AUGCGCCGCUUCAAUUUUAUUCUCCUGGCUACAGUCCAGCUCGUCGGAGCUCGUUCCCCAGGUUUCAGCAUACACGAGGACUUGUUGACCUUUCCCCAGUUUGAAGUUGUGUUCGACAACCAAUACAUCUCCGAGAAAGAUGCCCAUUCACUCCUCGAUAGUCAACAUCCUACAUACUCUGCCGACUUUGCGCAAUCGACGCUCAAUCAAGCUCGGGAAGCUGACGGGCGCGACAAUGAAGGUAGUGACCAGGACCAAACUGGUCCUUCGCAUACAUACGAACUUAUGAAACUACCACCCCACGAAUAUCUUUGCUCUAUACCCAUUAUACAACCCCCCGAGCCUGAGAAUAAGACGGCCAACGAGCUAGCGAAGGCAGAGGAAGCCCGCGAACUCAGCCGUGCGACAGCCAGCGGAUGGGAGCUUCUUUCUCAACUAGAAGACUCGUGUCUUUAUUUCAUGUCUGGGUGGUGGAGUUACAGCUUCUGCAACAACCGCGAGAUUGUUCAAUUUCACGCCCUUCCAUCUAUACCAAACGGCCAGCCUCCCAAGCGCGACCCUCACACAGCAGAUUAUACGCUUGGUAAGGUUCCUGCAAUUCCAGCCAGCGCUGCACACCAAGCAAAGAAGAAUGGCCAAGAAGUUCCACCUCCAGCAGAACUGCAAAUUAAGGGUGACCAGCGAUAUCUCGUCCAGAGGUUGGAAGGAGGCACAGUCUGCGACUUGACAGGAAGGGAGCGAACGAUCGAAGUCCAGUACCACUGUGUGCCGGGAAUGAAGAGCGACAGAAUCGGAUGGAUCAAGGAGGUUACCAUCUGCGCGUAUUUGAUGGUCGUCAAUACACCACGUCUCUGCAACGACGUUGCUUUCCUACCACCCGAGGAGACCAGGGCGAACCCCAUUCAAUGCCAACUUAUUGUUGGUGAACAUGACACGACACCCUUGUUGGACCAAACGAUACCACUAAAGAACUCCGAAGCGCAGGAGCCACUGAAACAGGAGGAUCCAGAAGUCAAAUCUGAAGAUGCCAAGCCCGAAGAUGUCGUCAAGGAACCGGUUAACAUUGGCGGUGUCAUUGUAGGCGCUCGCAAUGUCCUUUCUGGUGCCGACGAGGAAGGCAAACCACCCGCCAAGCUCGCGCCCCCGCGCAGUUACUUCACCAACACCGAUACAGAUGGCGAGCGCUUCCUCGAAGUCGUUGCAUCGGGCAAGAGCAAGGAGGAUGGUGGUGACGUAAAGCUUUUAGAUACCGCAGAACUUGAACGACUAGAGCUCAAGCCGUCCUUGGUCAAAGACAUGACGGAGCGAAUGAAGAAGCUGGCAGGGAAGUUUGGAUGGAAGCUGGAGCUCGUGGAGCUUCCAGGGGGUGAAAAGGAGCUGAGAGGAUAUAUCGACGCGGACGAUGAAGAGCUUGCUAAGAACAAGGCACAGGUGAAGAAGGAUGAAGCUGCGGCCAAAGCGAAGGCGGAAAAGAAGGACACCGGGGAUAGUCAGAAUGAUGAGGAUACAACCGUGGGUAGCGAGGAGAAAUUCUUUAAGAAAGAUGAUUUGUAG